UGUGGCUAAAGAGUAGAGAAUUAGGGAGUAAUGAGAGAUAAUCCCUGCGCAGGAGUGGCUGUGAGGGAAGGGAAGGAGGAAAGGUGGUGGUUUAGACGCCUUGCCCAGCCUCUCCCACACUACCUUCUCCCUUCUCUCUCCACCUCUCCAGCAGCAUCUCGCGCUGUGUGCUGCUAUCCUUGGCUGUUAUGUAUUAAGGCCAGCCACAGGGACAUGAGUGGGAACGGGUUGGGCAGGAAGGAGAAGGGCAGCUAUGGCUCGCCCCUCAUGAAGCUGUCAGCGUAUGUGCUUGCCUUGCGGCCAUGGUCUUUCAGUGCCUCCUUGAUGCCAGUGCUGCUGGGGAGCACGCUGGCCAGCAAGGCGACAGGGGACAUAAGCUUUGUGGCACUCUUCACUACAGCACUGACAGCACUCUCGGUCCAUGCUGCCGGGAAUGUCGUCAACACCUACUUUGACUAUGUGAAGGGCAUCGAUAGCAAGAAGAGUGAUGACCGCACUUUAGUUGACCAGUUGCUGUCCAAGGAUGAAAUUGUGACUCUUGGUGUGAUCCUGUACUCUGCAGGUUGUGUUGGCUUUGUCAUCCUCACCAUGGUGACUCCUGCACGCCUGGAGCACCUCGCCCUUGCAUACUUUGGGGGCCUGUCCAGCUCAUUUCUAUACACAGGUGGUGUUGGAUUCAAGUACAUUGCUCUUGGGGAUGUGCUGAUUCUAAUACAGUUUGGUCCCAUGACUGUGCUGUUUUCAUACAUGGUGCAAGUUGGACAUGUGCACUGGGCCACCAUACUGUACGCUGUGCCUCUCGCCCUUAACACAGAGGCCAUCCUGCACUCCAACAACACCAGGGACUUGGAAUCAGACAGGCGGGCUGGCAUAGUCACCUUGGCCAUCCUCAUUGGGUCGACAGCCUCGGAGCUGCUGUAUGCUGUGUUCCUCUUCACACCAUACACCAUGUUUGCUGUGUGGGGCAUCAAGUACAGUGUGAUGCUCUUCCUGCCGCUUAUCACCAUCCCCGAGGCAUUUCGGCUUGAGCGUCACUUCCGCACGGGCAGUAAGGCAACCAUACCGCAGAGGACAGCCAAACUUAAUGCUUACCUGGGCUUCCUUUAUGUGCUUGCGUGUGCCCUCUCGGACCCUGCCAAACUGCCCUACAUUCUCGGAUGACGUGCUGCCCUGUCCUCUCUCUUCCCCCUCCUGAGCUGUGUCCCUGUGCAUUAAUGUAUCUUUUUUUUAUAACAUGAUGUGUGCUCCUUGCCCUCCCUCUUUCCCUUCCCUCCCUUAUUUAUUGUAUUUUUAUAGGAAAGAUGCACUCGACAAUAUCAAAUGUAGAGCAGCGGCAACAAGCAUACUGCUGUAGUGUAGUUUGUCGUGUAUGUGAUCAUGUGAUCUGUGACCCUCCCACCACCUGUGUGUUGAUGAUCCAGGCGGACACAGGCUCCUGCUCUUCCUGUGUCGUGCUGUGAGGGGCCACCACUGGUACUUAUUCAGUUAUGAAAACCUUGCAUAUCUAAUUAUAACUCAAGGCCUUCACCAUUACAUGAAUCUUUUUGAGUUUCCAUGACGGACUCAGUUAUUUUGUUAACAUUCUUGUGUCUUGUAACUUCUCCACGGUUUAGUUUAUGAAGCAAGCCAUGUUAUACUGUCUGUCUAUCCUGUCUAUAAUACCACCUGUCUCCCCUUUCAAAAUUACAAUCUUGAAAGAAUACAAAGAAUACCAUCACAGCAACUAAAGUGGACAAAGUAAGAUGACAAGUAUCCUCUCAUAUAUAUUUCCAUUCCUACUGUGAGAAGUGGUAUGAUGCCUCACCCUGACUGCCUUCCUUUGAGGGUUCUCAGCUUGGUAUAUAGAUAGAUAGAUGGAUGGAAAGAUAGAUUAUUAGCUGACCUAGACUUGGAUGAAGAACCUUAACACUGCCAAGAUGUACAAGGCCAUGUUGUUACUGCCAGAGACACAUUGCUGGUGCAUAUCAUAUGUCAAGCAGAUUGCCACAUUCCCUUCACUGUGUUUACCAUUUGUCUUCCCAGUCUUGAUCUUGCACAAGAAGAUAGUGAGCAGAUCAGAGGAUGUAAUGCAGUUACAGCAGGACAGUGAAGACAAAGUUCACUUGGUAAUCAUCUUGGCCAUUAGAAAGGUGUUAGACUUACCUUUCUGUGACUUGUAAGCCUCCCUUUGCCAGUUCAAUCCUCAGCCUUCAGAUGAGAUUUUCAGCAUUUCUGUGAUCUUGCAAAUCUGGGAAUCACAUAAAGGCUGAUGGAAGACACUAAAUGCAGUGGAGGAGAGUGUGGCAGUUUACUUGAUUUCUGACCAUGACUGCACAGACUCACAAUCUUUGCUGAUGAGUGAGGAUGCUUGCCUUACAUGUUAGUGACCCCCUCAGCUCACUCAUCUUCCAGCCCGUGCUGCAUCCUUGUUAACUCUGAUAAUGAAGGUAUGACUUUGACUUCUUAGUAGCCUUAGAUGAUAAUACCAAGCAGAACUAUAUAGGCUAGUUUAAACUACUCCAUUGUUUACUUCUUGUACUGUUUAUGGUGUCUUGAAGUUAUAUUAUUUCAUUAAGGUUCACAAGUUGCAGCACAUUUUACUAAGCUUGAUGUGGUAUGAGCCAAGGGGUCAGGCUGUCUCAGAGGUAGGGGAGUGUUUCUACCAACACAUACAAAUAGAGGUUUGGAUGUUACUGAUGUGUUGUAGGAGUGAUGCACAGGUGUGUCUCUGGAACGACAAGUCUCUCUGUAGUUUAGUUGUAAUUUUGAUUUCUUACUCUCACUGAUUUGAACAUUGGUAUGGGUUGUAUCAAUGCUUAGACUCUCAGAAGUGUUUGAAAAGUUAAGAAGGGCAGUGUUAGAUUUAACCCAUUCACUGCUAUGACUCCUUUGUUUGAAUGGACACACACACACACACACACACACACACACACACACACACACACACACACACACACACACACACACACACACACACACACACACACACACACACACACACACUGCGUAGUGUAGUGGUUAGCACGCUCAGCUCACAACCAAGGAGGCCCAGGUUUGAAUCCCUGGUGCAGCGAGGCAAAUGGGCAAGCCUCUUAAUGUGUAGCCCCUGUUCACCUAGCAGCAAGUAGGUAUGGAACGUAACCCGAGGGGUUGUGACCUUGCUGUUCCGGUGUGUGGUGUGUCAGUGGUCUCAGUCCUACCCAAAGAUCAGUCACUAUGAGCUCUGAGCUCUUUCCGUAGGGGAACUGCUGGCCGGGUGACCAGCAGACAACUGCAGGUGAAUCAGUGAAUCACUCACACACACGCACACACACAUUAGUAAACAUUAUAAAAAGAAUGGACAGAAAUUACUUGGUACCACAGAUGGAAGAGGGAGAGAGACUUACAAGGGGGCUUGGGAAGAAAAUAAAGAAGAGUGGAUGUUUGAGUGACAUCAAGAAAUAUAGCUUCCCAUAUCGAACUAUUGAAAUCUGGAAUGGUUUGAAGUUAGAGGUGGUUGCAGCAAACAGUGUACACAUGUUUAAAGAGAAGCUUUAUAAAUAUGGAUAUGGAAACAGGAUAAAAUGAGCCUUGGCUCAUGCCCUGUACAAUACAAUUAGGUAAAUACACACACACACAUGCACACACACACACACACACACACACACACACACACACACACACACACACACACACACACACACACAGAAUGAGUUCCUAGGCUGCAGAAUCAUUUAAUGUACUGUAGUACAAGAAUAAGUGUUUGCAGGGUUGUAGGUGAUCAUGGGGAAAGAGUGUAUUGCAGUGAAAGCAUUAAUUCUCUCCUACACAAACCAGAUGCAUUUUUCCUCAACUGUAGGACAUUAUAAAGCAUUGAGUGGGCCUUCAAGUUUAUUCAACCAUAUACUUUUGGGUAAGUCAGUUGUUUAAGACAAAUACAGGGACUUCCAUGUGUAGGGUUGAUGGAUUCUUGCAGCUUCCCUUCUUUUCACAUGUUCUCAUUUACUCCAUAGUUGCAAUUUUAGUACUUAACCAUAGCUAACUUUCAACUGCAAGGCACCUAUCAAUAGUAUCAAUAUACUAUUUAUCAUCAAACAUUUUUGUACCAUUUAUAGAUGCAUUAAUUCAACUAUAAAUAAUUUGAAAGCACCCUUAAUGUAUCCUCAGAUGUUUUCUAAUAGUAUUUAUAAACACAGAUUAAUUUAAUUGCAAAGCAUUUCAUGAGUACCACUAUCUAGAUUCAGUUACCAGGUUGUACACAUUAAUCUCUCUCUCUCUCUCUCUCUCUCUCUCUCUCUCUCUCUCUCUCUCUCUCUCUCUCUCUCUCUCUCUCAGGUUGUUAGGACAAUGUCAAUAGGGAGCUUCAGUUAUAAGGUUGUUAUCACAGUCCAUUUCGUUUUAGAAAGUGAAAUAAAUUAGUGGACAGCGAUGACAUGGACGUAAGGUGUUGCUGCAUCAUCCAGGGACUGCCAUUUGUAGGCCUGCUGGCUUAUUGCAGCUUCCCUUGUCUUCCUGUGGUAAACCUUUGUAUCACUUGUCAGCAAGGAAUAAUUUAGACAGUGUUGCUGCUAGGAUUAAAAUUCUACAAUGGAUCAUACUGGUAUUAAUUUUGCUUUGUUAAUUCCACUCUCAUGCUUUAUUUGGCAGCUGAGAUGGUGGUGGUGGUGGUGAUGGUCAUAAUAAAAUGUCCGACAGGUCCUCA